AUGGCGUCGCAACCGCAAGCAGGUCAACGGCCUAAAGUCCAGCCCUGCCGAUACAAGACUGGAAAGACCCUGGGAGCCGGCUCCUACUCGGUCGUCAAGGAAUGUGUGCACAUUGACACCGGCCGCUACUAUGCGGCGAAGGUGAUCAACAAGCGCUUGAUGGCAGGACGUGAGCACAUGGUUCGAAAUGAGAUCGCGGUGCUGAAAAGGGUGUCGAUGGGACAUCAGAACAUAUUGACCCUGGUCGAUUAUUUCGAGACUAUGAACAACUUGUAUCUGGUUACCGAUCUUGCGCUUGGUGGCGAGCUAUUCGAUCGCAUUUGCCGUAAGGGCAGUUACUACGAAUCCGACGCUGCGGACCUCAUUCGUGCCAUUCUUUCCGCUGUGGCAUACUUGCACGACCACGGGAUCGUGCAUCGGGAUCUGAAGCCAGAGAAUCUUCUUUUCCGCACCCCAGAGGAUAAUGCGGAUCUACUGAUCGCAGACUUUGGCUUGUCGAGAAUUAUGGACGAGGAGCAGUUCCAUGUUCUUACAACGACGUGCGGCACACCGGGAUACAUGGCUCCCGAGAUCUUCAAGAAGAGUGGUCAUGGAAAGCCAGUAGACAUCUGGGCCAUUGGUGUCAUCACCUAUUUCUUGCUAUGCGGCUACACCCCCUUUGACCGCGACUCCAACCUGGAAGAGAUGCAGGCCAUCCUUGCAGCAGAUUACUCCUUCACACCCAUCGAGUACUGGCGCGGUGUUUCCCACGACGCACGGGACUUCAUCAAGCGUUGCCUAACCAUCGACCCUAGCGCUCGAAUGACGGCUCACGAUGCCUUGCAACACGCCUGGGUCAACCCGCCCUACGACACAUCCGCAGACAAGUUCGGCUCCGGCGAAGAUCUCCUCCCCACCGUCAAGAAGAACUUCAACGCUCGCCGCACCCUCCACAAGGCCAUCGAUACCGUUCGCGCCAUCAACAAGCUUCGCGAAGGCGGCGGCCUAAUGAUGGACGGUAUGAUGAGCGUCGACCCCAAGCCCGAACGAGUCAACGGCAACGACGUCAUCGAAGAACGACGCGACCACGAUGGAGAUAUGGAAAUCGAUGGUCGUGCCAAUGCUCGUGGUCAGACAGAAGAGCAGAUCCGCGCUCAGGAGCGGAAAGUCCAAGAAAUGGUCGCAGGCCUGUGGAGUCGGACUGGAAAGAAAUAA